CCUCUCUUCAAGUCACAUAAAUUUUCCUUCCACGACUUCUUCUACCGGAGCUUCACCCCGACGUCGUUUAACACACAGCGCCGUUCGCAUCGCAAUGUGUCCCUCCGGCCGAACUCUCAGCGUGGAGACCGCGACGACUACGCUCACCUCUGACUUCCGUCCAGCAUUUGACGUUCUGGACGCCGACCGCGACGGCAAGAUCAGCAAAGACGACCUCCGAGCCUUCUACGCCGGCCUCUCCAGCUCCGCCGCCGACGAAAACCUAAUCGGAUCGAUGAUGUCGGCCGCCGAUUCCGACAACGACGGGUUCGUCCAGUACGAGGAGUUCGAGCGCGUCUUGGCGUGCAGCGACGGCGCGAAAAGCUCGGGAGUGAUGGAGGACGUGUUCAAGGUGAUGGACAAGGACGGCGACGGAAAGCUCAGCCACGAGGACCUGAAGAGCUACAUGAGCAGCGCCGGCUUCGUCGCCACCGAUGAAGAUAUCAAGGCCAUGAUUAAACUGGGCGGCGGCGAUGAGAACCAAGGCGUGACGUAUGCUGGCUUGCUUAAAAUCCUGGCCGUUGAUCAAGUCGGCGAAGCGCCUUGAGCCAUUGACCACGUUGCUCGCCAGGUCUUAGUUUUUGGCUUCAUUGCGCUCCAGCCAGAUUUUUCUGUAUUCUCCACGAAAGUGGUGGGAAACAGAAUUACGGUGUCGUUUGAAUCUGUAUGUGAUGACAAAGAAAAACUGAAAGGUGUCCCUGCUUCGUUCUGGUCGGGUUUGCCAAAUUUGUUUGUUAGUGUUUGGCUCCAUGCUAUUAUAGCAUGCAGAGAAUCUUUUCCAAGUAUUUAUCUUUUAAUCAAUAAUAUUCGAAAUGGUAAUGUUAUUCAUAU